CCAAACCAAAGGGCUUUGCAUGGGGGUGGGGGAAUGCUGUGGUAGGGGUAGCGGGAAAGGAGUUGAUACCUAAUCUUGUGUGUUUGGAAUUUGCCCAGCAGGGUGGGCAGACUGGGGGGACAGAGAGAAAAGAUGAACAUUACUGGCUGUGGGGUCAGCUUGGACCCAGGACCAGGUAGAGGCCAGUGGGGCCGGGACUGUGACAGUCCACCUCUCAGGCUGGGCUGGGUUGGGAGACAUCAGCCUAGGGGCAGUAGCAGAGGGUGGUGUCUCUGGUUCUGCCUGGUAGCCCGGGGUGCUGGAGGACUUUGGGGGCUAUGUCUUUGGGCAGAGGCAGAAGAAUCUGAAGGAAAGGCGGAUGUUGCGGGAAUGCGCCUAAUGGGAGGGUCUCUGGUGUCAGCUGCUGGAUUGCUCAGCUGCUCCAAUGCUGGGGGUGAGCGGGAUAGCGAGUUUUUGCCAAGUAAGGCAAGGUGGGGGACACUGUGGAAAAAAAGGGAAGAAAGGGUCACUAAGACGUGGCACGCGCCUCUUCAUAGACCAACCUAUUUGCAGCGGCACCCCCCCCCCCCCAUUCCCUGUAAACGGCUUGAGACUGGGGCUCUAAGCCCCCGCUUCUGGCUCCCUCUGGAGAUUGAGAGGCCACUCGGGAGAUUGAGAGCAAGCACUCCCUCCCCGGCAGCUGCCCCGCAUUCCCAGUCCUGUCAAACCCACAGGUUCCAAGUCUCAACCCCACCCCCACCCCAUCGCCGCUUCUCUUCCCAAGAUGGGGGCUCUGGAACAGAGGCGCCAGUUUCUUCUCCCUCUCUUGUGUCCCCCCCUCCUCACCCCCCAUGCAGAGGCAGCCAAGAAAAUGACUUGUCAUGCUGGGGUGGGGGGUGGGGGCGGAGCUGGAGCCUGAGCUCAGCGCGCACACUCACACACACUCACACACUGCGGCAAACUGCAGCUGCCCAAGCGGCCCCCCCUCCCCUUCUGCCUCACUGCGGAGACACCUGCCCUCCUGCCUGCUCAGCGUUGGCGGCCCAGGCCACCCCCACAGCAUCACUGGCCAAGGGGAAGUGUCCCUGCCUCGUAUGAAAGAAAAAGGAAAAACAAGUCAAUUCCCUUCAGUGGGAUUGCUGGGGAGCAGAAAAGAGAAAUAGGGCUUUCUCCUAGGCCUCAAAAGGGUGCAUGAUAUAGACCAUGUAGUUGCCAGUCAGAACUGGAGAGCACAUGGGUGAAGAACAGGGUCUUUCACCAAGACGUUAACUGGAAUCAGAGAAGUCUAGUAGUUACACACAAGGGACUGUGAGGAAUGGUCAACUGGUGGAGGAAGAGUGGUAAAUAGAAAACAAAUCAGUCUGUACCACAGAUUUCUUCUUUCAGACCAUUGUAGCUCGAAUGUGUGACCUUGUGUGUAUAUGUCCGGGGCGCCCCAUGAUUUGCCCUUUUAAAUCUGAACUACUUACGACUAGUCUAGGGCUAGCCUGGCCCUUCCCUGAACCUUGAUACCCCUCAUCUGCCCAAGAGCUGCCCCAGCCUGUCUCUAAGGUGGUUCUCAUCCUCUGAACUGACCUCAAAGCUUCCCACAGUUCCCAAAUUAAUAGAAGAGAACCCUUGAACUCUUCUUGGGCUCCACCCACCCACUAUGAGGUUUGUUCUUCGGACACAUCUACAGUUCAUUUCCCCUGCAGCUGCAAGUGCAGCCCUCUGCUGCCAGAUUUGCCUGAUCCUGGCACUGUGGUUCUUCCUCUUAACAAAGGCCCUGGCCCCAGGCUCCUCAUGCCUAAGCCCCAGAAAGAGGAAAGAGCUGGAUCACAGAAGAGGGUCUAGGGGACAGAUUAUGAGCACUCCCACCAAUAUCUUUCAGACAGCUCACUCCCGGGCCAUCUGUUCAACUCUCUUUCUGCAAGGUAACGCCGCUGUGUGCAGCAGUUAGGAAGGGCAGGAACAGGGGAUGGCAGCAUCCUCCAUUAUCUUGUAACCUGCCACUUUCUUUCUUUGCUGCAUUGCUCGGUGUUUCAUGUGAGUCUGCAAGAGGGAAGUAGACAGGGCAUUUGAGGCUGUUUUGUCUUUCUCCAUGGCCUGGGGAACACUCUGAAUCUCUCCUUCCUUAUUUGUGUCUUGUUUGUGGACCCCUAACUCCCAUCUCCAUCGCAGAGGGCCCAUAGGAGAGGGGCAAGGAUGAGAGAAGAAACUGUUCACAAGGGAUGGGUUGUGGGGCAGUGUACCAGGCCUCUCUUGUGCCUGGGGACAUGGAGGUGAGGUGGGAGAGGGAGCUGUAACCUGUGGUGGUGGGAACAGCAUGAUUGUGUGCAUGCUUGUGAGCUCAGGCUUGGCCUCUGAAGAACUAGAGAACAGAACAAGAAAUUAUACUCCUGUUUCUAAUCUUUGAAUUGUAAAAGCCCAAGGGUUCAGAUAAAUAGAAACAGUCUUUUGGAAAAUGGGAAUUCUGGCCUUGGAUGGGGAAUGGAAAGGAGGAUGGGGAGUCUGUAGACACUGCAAAGUGCCCAUCUCCAUGUUUCCAGGCACUCUACUGGCAUGAAAGCCCAGGGCAGAGGCAGGCUAAUGAGGAGAGAGCUGAGUAAGCAUCACAACCCCAGGAGCCCUCCCUCCAGCUGAGCCCCCCAUCCCCAGGCAGCACCAGGAGCUUAGUGCUCGAGAGGGACAAAAGCUUCUUGUCAAUAGGGCAGCCUGAGGCAGGAGUUUCAAGCGGAGGGGGUGGGGGUACCAGACUGAGCAGGCAGAGGGUGUGGCAGAUGAAGGGAGGAGAGAAGACAGUCAGUGUGGGUGAAGGGAGGAGGAAACCCUGACAGGGAAGGGCUGGAGGAGCCAGUUCCUAGACCUUACUCAGCAGUAUCCAAAGUGGCAGGAUCUAAGGAUUGCUAGCCUCCUCUUUCCCCUCAGCUCCAUUGCUGUACAUUCUUUUCUCUCCUUUCCCACACAAUGCCUCUUCCCUUUUACUAUACCCACUCUCUUCAAUACAAAAUCCUGCAUC